AUGUUUGGUUACUGGAACGACGAAGAAAAAACAAAUGAUAUAUUAGGACAAGACGGUUCGCUUAGAACUGGAGAUCAGUUCACUCUUGAAGAAGAUGGAAGUGGACAAGUGGUCGGAAGACUAAAGGAUCUGAUUAUACGAGAAGGAGAAAAUAUGUUUCCAAAAGAAAUCGAAGAAUUUUUGACCACACCUGCGAACAUUGUGGAAGUGUGUGUGGUAGGUACAAAACACAAAAGGCUAGGGGAAGAAGUUUGUGCGUGUGCGAGAAUUAAACCACAAUCAAAUUUAAUCCUUGAAGACAUCGUAACUUUCUGUAAAGGAAAGUUGGCGUACUUCAAAAUUCCCACGAGGAUGGAAAUUUUCGACAGUUUUCCUCGAACAGCUGGAGGGAAAAUUUAG